AUGUCGUCGACGCUGGAGAUCAAUGGUGAUGAGCCAACGUCUUUGCCUGUAGACGAGGUCGAGCAUGUCGAGGCACCUCCUGCUGUCAGCGCAACUUCGCACCAUGAAUCCGACGAAGAGUACGAAGAAGAAUCCGACGACGACGAUGAUGACGACAGCGCCCCAUCGUCCUCCGUGCCUGCCGCAUCGACGCUGGACGUGACAGAAGACGAAGUUGUCGUCGCGCCAUCGACGUUGCUGCUCCGUCAGCGAUCGCAUUUGCAGUCGACCGACGCCGAUGUUGAAGAAACGCUCGAAGAGUACUUGACGUACGGCGGCGCCCAUCCCGAUGUAGUCAAGUUGCACACGGGGUACGUCCCAUGGACAGAAUCCGUGUUGAAGGAGUACGAAGAAAACACGGACAAGGGACUCGUGGACACUGACGUCCCAGCGAACCGUUUGUCUGGGGUCAUUUACGCGCAGAGGUUCUGGGUCACACUGGCCGGUUGGGGACUUGGCUUUGGGUCGAAACCCAAGCUGCUCGUCCUGAGUCCAUUGAACCUGUUCGCGCUGGAUCCAUCGAAUGAACAAACUACUGACACAUGGGCAUACUCGGACAUCAGCGAAGUGAUUGCGACGGACGCUUUAUCGUUCACGAUCGUCACCAAGACGACGAAUGCGCGGUCGACGUACAUUUGCAAGGACAAGGAGACUCGCAACCAGUUCUUAUCAUCGUACUACCAACUGUACUACCGCGACCGACCGAACGACAAAGAGCAAGCGGCAACCCUGUUCCAGACACCGACGUAUGUGAUGAAGAAGCGCAGCAAGACCAAGGGCUCUGCCGCGAGCCCUGUAGACACGCUCGUGUUGCUGGAAGUGCGGCGCGCGUCACUUGACCGAUUGGACCCCAAGACGAAGAAACCCAUCGCGUCGGUGUCGUUGACCAGCAUCUUGAAGGUCCAAAAGCUACAGAACGAACCGCACGGGUUGGUGCUGUACUUUCAGCAGGACAAGAGCAACAUCACGGCGACCCGGUACACGUGCGAGGAGCGUGAGGCAUUCAUCGGAGUCGUGAUCAAUAACCUCCGGACGAUCGUGAAGGAGCCGCUUCUCGUCCAGGAAGUGCCGGACGCGGCCGAGUACGAAUCGCUCGUGUACCCGUUGAGUGAGCCCGUGUCGGUGUUGUUUGAGAUUCCCGUGCUUCGACGCAGCAAGCUCGCCAGCGCCCGCGACAAGAAAGCAAUCAUGUUGGCGCUGACCCGGUCCGGCAUUUUGGAGCGCGAUCGUGCCACGCAUCGCACCCUCGCGCGGUUUUCACUCUCGGACGUCUUCAACAUUGUGUUGUCGCCCGAUGAACCGGAGAAGUUUUCGAUCGAACUCAAGAACGGCCGCACGAGGCGCUACACGUGCGUGUCAACGGCGGCGGCGGUGCGCAGCCCGCACGUUGGCCUUGGCCUCGAACAAGUGACAGACCAACGCGUGAAGGAGCUCCAAGCGGCCGUGAUGGACCCGUCGUUUACGUCCCAUCCGUCGUUUGCCACGGCGGGGUCGACAACGUUGCUGACGCCGACCGCGAGCCGCAACUUGUUUGUGACCAACUUGUUUGAAGUGUUUUCGAAGAACAAGAAGCACGUGUCAUGGUCGACGGAAGAAACUCCGCUCGGAUGCAAAGUCGGCGGGUGGAGCAGCGACUGCAACGCCGAGUGGGAAGAAGCGUUGCUCAAGAAAUUGCUCGUGACGUGGAAGAGCUCGCACGACAACCAGUUGUACUUUGACCAGUUGUUCCGGUUCCUCGAGCAAUUCAACAAGAACGUCGCGGUCGGCACCGUCUCGUCCAAAUACGUGACCAAGCCCCUGGCGUGCCUCUUCAAGAUCGUCGACCAGAUGCGGGAAUACAUCAGCUUGAAAAUCAAGGACCCGUCGAGCAACUCCCAUGCCGCGAUUCCGUCGCCGCAACUCCAAGUCGCGCUCCUGCUUGCGAUCCAGCGCUUGCUCCACACGAGCUUUGGCUUCCAAGAAGUGCUCCGGAAAGAAUACCGCAAGGUGAUUUUGAUCGUGAUGGAGUUUUUGUACUCGCCCGUCGCCGAAGUGGGCCUCGCCGCCGCCCAGGUUCUCAACUGCAUGGUUGUCAACUACUCGAACGACAAGAACAGCGUCAAGAUGGAGCUGGCGAACCGGAAGGCCGUAUUCCACACGGAGAAGCGCGCCAACCUGUUUGUGAACCGCGUAUUUGACCCGACCGUCCAAACGUCCAACCUGUACGACGUCGACGUUGUCCCGAACCCGCUCAUGAACCGCGUGCUGAGCUCCACACUCAUCGGCCUCGACUUUCUCGUCCUCCACUCGAUUUUGACGACGAUGGAGGUGUGUCUUGCGUCGGGGAAGCGGUCGACACCGGAAAAAGUUCAUCGCGACUUGCUUAACGCGAUGCACAUUGACGACUUUGCCCACCAUCACACGUUGUUUACGCUGAAUCGGUCGCUUUCGUUUGGCAUUGCCAAGGCGUCGUCGAUUCUGGUCAAGGUCCACGUCCUCGAACAGCCAUCGGAGCUCGUCGAGCAGAUUCAGGACUUUGCGCGGACGCAAGGGGCUCUCCUCUGGCAGCUCUACUUGAGUCUCAGCGGCCACGACCAGAGCCAGCGUCGCAUUUCGUCGCAACUGGUCGCCCUCCUCACGCACGAAAACCCGCGGUCGUCCAACUUAAUCCGCAACAUCUUUCCGCAUGCCCUUCUCGGCGAUAUUCCGCCGGAAAAGUGCUCGUACGACGAGUUCGGUCGCCGGCUGCCAGUAUUGCUCCCGUCGUCGUCGGCUGCCCCGGCAAACAACGCAAUCAACACCAUCGCCCUGGCCCCGCUUUCGAAUGUGUCGGACCUGUCGGCCGUCCGCUUGACCGCUGCCGCGACAAUUCUUGCCGUGCCGGACAAACCUCACGACGCCACUACGUCAUUGCAGACCACAUUGGGCAAUGCCGACGGUACGGACAAGCCCGUCCUCGCCAGCGACAAGGUGCACGCUGGCGUCACGUCGCGGGCCCACGUGGUCGCCACUACCAAGUGCGUCGUGCUGUUGCCGGAUUUCUUCGAUAAGCUCCGCGCAGUGAUUGUCCAAAAGGACUUGAAGUGGGAUUCGCACAACUUGGCCGAGCUCCAGAAGCGCUUGAUCGACGAGCUGUCGGUGUUUGACCUGAACCGGCUCACCUACUUCUACUUUUUGCUGUCGAGUCCCACGGACCGCAAUGAAACAGCCCUCGAUACGUCCAUGGAGGGCGUUCGCCGCGACGCUGACGCGCUCUCGAGUGCAUUUCCGCCAGUGUUUGGCGGUGCCGCCGCCAACGCAUCCAAUGCCGCUUCCAUCGACCCAUUCGACAAGGACGACGAUGGCACCGACGACGCCGUAGCCAGCACUGCUGGCAGCCACGAAGCCGAGCAUAUUGUAGCGUCGCCCAAGCCGUUUUGGUUCCUCAACUGGAACGCAGACGAGUUUAUCGUCGACUUCACGUGCUUGGAGCACGAAGUCCGCGUCGGAGCGUACUACCUCAAGGCACUCUUCAACAGCCAAGGCGAUCUUGCAGAAGAUAUUGUCGACGUUGAAGCGUUCAUCACGUUGCUGUACUUCCGCGUGCUGGCCACGGACGACGAACCCGUGCGACUCUUGUGCAUCAAGACCAUGACGGCGCUGUACAACAAGUACCCGUCGGACAUCCGGUCGCUCGUAUUCCUCAAUCACUUUUUCCGAGUCGCGAUGCGAUCGCAGUGGUCACGCACGUUGCGCGGCCACGUCAUGCUGUUUGUCGAGCGAGUUUUGUCCAGUGCCGUGAAUGUGACGCGAUUCCUGCACGAAUCGACCAACUUGGAGCUUGUCCUGGCGCUGCUCCACGAAGUAAACGCUGUUGAAAACGAUGACGAAGCUACGAGCAUCGUCCAGACAUGCUUGAUUGUCCUCAUGAAGCUCGUGCACUGCCAAACGUCUGACCAAGAAGAACUCACAAAGACCGAAUACUUUUUGGGCAACCAGGCCACGACCACGAGUGCCGUGGGCCCCGUGAGUUGGAUCAAACGCUUGCUGGCCACCCAUUUGAAGUUUCUCGUGACGCUCUUGGACCAUCCGAACCGCGCCGUGUUUCGUAAAGUGAUUCACGUAUUUCACCUUUUGGUCCAGAACAACGAGUCGCUCGUCCCGUCGCUGCACACGACGGGGCUGUUUUACUACCUCUUGCGCAAUGCCCACACCGAAGACGAUAUGUUUGUCGUCGCCAACUUUCUCACGACCAUCCAUUUGCGCCAGCGGCCCGUACACAUUCCACCCGAGGAGCUGGCCAAGGUCCUGGAGCAUGCAAACCCGACGCCGUCGUUCACGCAACGAUGCAUGAAGAGCUGGUUGAUCAAAGUGUUGCCCGUGUCGCUCGUGGCGCAGCUGGUCCGCCACGGACCGAAAAAGUUUGCCAGCGCAUACUUUGCCACGACGAACGACCCAGAAACGCUCUGGAACGCCACGCUGCGGGACCAAAUGCUCGUGCAGGUUGACGAAUUCAUUGCCAAGCACACGGCCCAGGGCGAAUUCCACCUCGCGGUCACUGAAGAAGACACAUCGACGCCCCUGAUCGUGUACCCUGAAGAAGUGUACAAGCUGCAAGUGGAUCAGUACUACCUGCACAACCUCCUGGACGACGUGGCGUUCCCAAACUGGCCCAUCAACGACCCCACCGCGUUCCUCCGGGCCCUCAUGGACGCCGUGCAGUCGUGGGUGUAUCCGUCCCUGGCAAAGCUGUCGUCGUCCGAUAUCGUCAUGGUGUUUGACUCGAUCUCUCUGCUCUUCCGUCGGUUUUGGGCCACGCUCGAGCCCAAGUUGCACGAUCAUCUCAACUUUUCGCUCCUCCUGCUCGCACUCAAAAAGUGCAACGACAUGCCGACGCCGCAGUGGGACGUCUUCCUCAGCGCGCUCGCCGUCAUCACGACCGCAUGCAAGUCGAGCGCGAUCAUCAACUCGAUGAAGGACACCACCGUCGUGUCUGGGCUCCGUGUCAUGUACGAUGCCCUCGAACUCGCCCACAACCACCGCGGCAACGACCUCACCCCCACGCGGUUCCUCCUGCAAGCGUUUAACUCGAUCGUGCACCAGCCACUCGGCCGCGAUGGUCUGUCGUCAUCGCCGUCGCUCUCGAUCUUGCCGUUCCUCCAGCCGUACUUGGAACUCACGACACCGUCGCAGGAUCUGACGGCGCUGUCCCUUGAAAUCGUUCAGGGCAUGUCGCUCGGCUCCACCAAGUCGGACGAACUACUGGACGCCAUGGCCAAGCGCGGGGUGGUCUGGUACUUGGCCCCGAUCAUUGUCGACUCCCCUGGCCCCACGCGCACCCGGACGUUGGCGGUGGAAGCGCUCAAGGGCAUCCUGAAGCCGGAGAACGCGCCGGCACCAAGCGCGCGCGGCCGAAUGCAGCGCACGAUCGAUCAGAUCUUUACCCGGCCGCUGAUCGACCUCUUGUUGAGCCAGAGCGACCCGGACAUGUUCCUUCGUGUCGUGUCGCAUGACGUGAAGAAGCCGCACAUGAUGUGGACCGACUCGAUGCGCGCGCAGCUGCUGGCGCUGUCGACGGAAGCGCACUUGUCGUCCAGGGAGUUUGUCCUCCCCGACAAAUUCUUGUACGAUGCGCAGGACUCGGAGCUCCGCGUGGCCGACAUUUACGUCAACUUUUACAACAACGAUCCCGAGAGCGGCAUCACGGCGCUCAUCUCGUCCGGUCUCGCAGACGAACGCACGGGACGCGGCACGCAUGUCACCGACCAGCGCGAGAUCCGAAAGCGCGUGAUGGCCAACUUGUUGAGCUCGCUCUCCCACGACAUUGCCGGCGUUCGCGCCCGCCCCGACACCCUCGAGAAGACGAUGCAAGACCGCAUGCUCCCAGUCGUGACGGCUGUCCGCAACAUGCUGCAGUACACGGCGGAAAUGGAUAUCCAACUCGUCGACGUGGACGGGAUCGUGACGUUGUUUGCCGGCCUCGACCACGACGAAACCAAGAUUCGGUUCUCGACCGAGAAAGCGCCAUUGUUCCAGCUUCGUGUCAUGGAGUGCCUCCAUGUCGCGAUGUUCUCGCCCAAGUGCAUUGAAAAGAUCGCGGACAAGGUCCCGCUGUACGUGAAGAGCAUGUUUUCGACCGUGUACACCCACCUGCCCAAGCGAAAGGAGUCGGAUGAAGGACAGCUCGCCCGUGUUGCGCUUCAAGUGCUCGGCAACCUGUGCCUCGUCCCCACGUGCAUCGACAAGCUCGUCAGCGGCAUGGACCCCGCUUCGUUGGCCAAGACGCUGCCGCUCAUGUCUGCCGGCAACAACCACCAAGACGUCGAGCUUCUCUUGAACAUUCACACGACUGCGUUGAAGCGACACACAAACUUGUCGAUAAACUUUGCCAAAUCCCCCGCGAUGGGCCCGAUGGUGACGGCGUUGCUCAACCUGCUGUCGGCGCCGGACGCGAUUGCUGGCAACACAAAGGCGCCGAUCGCGCGCUUCCUCUCUGUCUUGUCCAUCAUCCCUGGCAACCAAGUGUCGGCGCCCCUCCGCGAUUCGAAAGUAUGGAAGGACUACACGGCAACACAUGUCGUGGGUGGUGACAAGUCCCAGGAUGCGUCGGCGGACGUGAAGAAGUGGCUGUCGCUACCGCUCGCCCCCGAGCUGCUCAAGUUCAAGUAUGCCAAUCCUCAAAAGAUCGGCAUCCAGCUCGCGUAG